AUGAAUAUGUUUUUCCAAACAUAUACAGCUAUUCAAACAAUUCGCUCUCUGUAUCUUCCUUAUUUUGACAUAUUUGUCGAAUCAACAUCUCAUUGUUUGGCCGUCGUGGAUCAUAAUCAAUUUGAUGCAAUUAUCUGCUUGGAGGCUGUUAAAGAAACUAUCGAUAAGAAAAUAGACAUGAUAGACGAACUCAUAAAUGAUAUCUUAGAUGAAGAAUUACAUAUUUUAUUUUUGAGUAGCCGUAUAAUGUCUGUGUUGUGUUUGCUGACAACAUUUGUGGUGUAUUCUAUACUGCCGGAGCUUCGUAACAUACAUAGUUUCAUGUUGCGCAAAUACUGCACUUUAGUUGGCUAUUUCUGUCUUUUGUCAAGCUUUUUUUGGUUAAGUGCAAUGAGCUUCGACGUUUGGUGGACAUUUAGAGAUUUUCGUUCGUUACAAAGAAACAAGAGAGCGAAACAAGAGAGAAAAAAAUUAAUAUAUUCGAUCUUUGCUUGGGGAGGUCCCUUUAUUUUUACUAUCAUUUGUAUUAUCAUGGAUUUUGUUCCUAAUGUGCCGGAAAAUUUAAUCCGGCCGGAAUUAUGUGUCGAUACUUUUUGGUUUAAUGAAGAAGCGGCGUCUCGAUUGUAUUUUGACGGGCCGAGAAGUGUCUGUAUUAUUAAUAGCGUUUGCUUAUCUAUUUACACAGCAUGGAAAAUUAUGCGUUAUGAAAAGGACACAGCUCGUCGUCUGAGAGAUUCAGAAAGCAGAUUUUAUAAUGACAACAAGCGAUGGCUAAAUCUGUAUCUGAGACUAUAUAUUAUGUUGUUUCUCAUAAUAGCCAUAAAUUGGAUUAUAUCAACAGUGCACGAAUUUUGGCAGUUUGAUGAUUACGAUAUUAAUUUGUUGAUUAAACUGUCGUACGUCUAUCAUAGUAUGUUUGUGAUGGACACCAUGCAAGAUAUCGGUAUAUUCAUCAUAUUCGUGUGUAAGAAGACAAUAUUGCGACAGCUAUUGAAGCGUUUUUGUCAGAAUUGCAAACGUUUUUCCAAAACUUUAACAUGAAACGGUUACAAGUUUGAAUAACUGUAUCAUGCCAAGAACAAUUUUUUAUGGAAGAACAUUAAUUAUGGAAAAGCAAACUGUCACACAAAAAGUUUG